AGUUCAGCAGCUUCAACCGGGCAAUAACGGACAGCAAAUCACAUCACCCACACAGAGGCUCCCGUGUUGUGUUCCCCGCCCACUCCGCGCCUGCUCUGUAAGGAAAACGAACGCUAUAUAGGCUAGCUCGUCAAAGCUAGUCCGUUGUGGAAAGCGCCUGUGCCCAGUGCCACCGACAGUGUCACUGCCCGCCCGGCGCCUCGUCAAACAGCUAGUAAUAUCGAGGCCUGAAACAUGACAUGAAGGUGUGGACGUGUCACACCGUGUGCCUUGUUUGAGCUAUUCUGAAUUAGGAGUUGUUUUUUUAAUUGGUGAAAACAAAACUGGUGUACCGGCGCGCUUAUGUUAGCAUACUAGCUAACUAGCAGUUGGGCUAACAAAUAAGGGGACUGAUCAGCAGACUGAAAGGAAACUGCCAAGUCUCUCAGAUUUGUGUAAACAUAAGCCAUGGAUGGUGACGCGGGAACAGCCUCUGAGCGAAUUCUCCUGGAGCCGUACAAGUAUCUGCUGCAGCUGCCAGGAAAACAGGUUAGGACAAAACUCUCCCAGGCAUUUAACCACUGGCUGAAUGUUCCCGAGGACAAACUUCAGGUUAUCAUCGAGGUGACAGAGAUGCUGCACAAUGCCAGUUUGCUCAUAGAUGACAUUGAGGACAGCUCCAAGCUGCGGCGAGGCUUCCCUGUGGCCCACAGCAUCUACGGCAUUCCCUCUGUCAUCAACUCUGCCAAUUACGUCUACUUCUUGGGGUUGGAGAAGGUGCUGACCCUGGAGCACCCCGAGGCUGUGCGGGUCUUCACCCGGCAGCUGUUGGAGCUGCACCGUGGCCAGGGCCUGGACAUCCACUGGAGGGACACGUACACCUGUCCCACUGAGCAGGAGUACUGCACCAUGGUGCUGCAGAAGACCGGCGGCCUCUUUGGCCUGGCCGUGGGUCUGAUGCAGCUCUUCUCGGACUGGGAUCGGGACCUGAAGCCUCUCCUGGACACGCUGGGCCUCUUCUUCCAGAUCCGCGAUGACUAUGCCAACCUGAGCUCACGCGAGUACAGCGAGAACAAGAGCUUCUGCGAGGACCUGACCGAGGGGAAGUUCUCAUUCCCCACCAUCCACGCCAUAUGGUCACAGCCAGAGAGCACCCAGGUGCAGAACAUCCUGAGGCAGCGCACGGAGAACGUGGACAUCAAGCGCUAUUGCGUGGACUACCUGGAGAAAGUAGGCUCGUUUGCCUACACUCGUCAGACUCUACGGGGCCUGGAGGCCAAGGCCUACAGCCUGAUCCAAGACUUAGGUGGAAAUCCUGAGCUGGAGGCCCUGGUGAGACACCUCAGCCAAAUGCAUCAAGAGGCUGAAACGAAGGCAGAGGCUGGUACUGAGCCACACUCCAGUCAAAACCACUGACCUCAUAUCCCUCACAUUACCACAUACACUUACGCAGGACACACAAGCAAUGUCAGCUCCAAUAAGACUUUGCUACCAGGCCUAUAAUGAACUGAAGUCGACAUCCACACUCCUGCAAAGCCCUAAUGACGUCAACAGAGUACAUAUGUUACAUUAAAUCUGGCUGGUAGCAAAGCAAGGCUCAUGAAGAAUUUAUAUUGUCUCAUGAGUCUCGGUUCACCAUCAAAUUAAAGCACUUGUGAUGUAGGCAGCUUCAACUGCAUUCAACAGUAGUGAGAAAACAAAGCAAUCCAAAAUUUUGACUUUAUGUUCACUCUCUGUGCUAGAAUGCCACCUUGAGGUGUUGCUAAACCACAGUAUGUGCACACCAGCAAUCUGUAGCGCCCCUGUGUAUCCAAGUAUGUGUAACUGUGCAGAGUGGAAGAAAAUGAAUUGUAAUGGAAAAGAACUUGGAGUCGUUUUAGAUUUGCUUUUCUGGAAAUGAAAAAUGACAAGAUGGCAAUGAAGCUUAAAAACCUUACUUUUGAUGUGCUCUGCACUGCAGAGAAAUGUUUUUUGUCUUUUGCCACCAAAUGAAAAUGGAUUCUACAUGUAGGUUCAAGUGAGCACAGGAUAUUUUUUUGUGAAGUCCUUUCUAAAAUAAGAUGUGUAUUUGGGCGUGUGUGUGUGUGUGUGAGAGAGAGAGAGAGAGAGUUAUAUGUGAGCAAAAGCGUGUGAUUUCUGGAUCCUUAAUCAUGCGGAGUGCCAAUCCAGUAGAAAAGAUAUUUGCAACUCAAUUGCAAACUCAUUACCUAAUAUACAUGGAAUUAUGUGCAAAUUAGUCUUCAUACCAUUACGGUUUGCCGUGAAAGGAAACUCUUGGUGCAGAUUUUAUGUAACUCUGCCCUGAUUUGUUUCCAUCUGUUACAGGUUCACAACAGUUUUUUCACAGCUGCAAUAUUGUGUUAGGGUGGUUCUGUAUCUUAUGUUUGCUCAUGGAAAUACUAUUUGCAUCUAUCAAAUAAAAUAUCCUGCAAAGAAAA